UUAGUAUCCUGUUAUCUUAUUUUAAUCAAAGAUCUAGUGAAUGAGAAGUGCUUGACAUAAUGUUUAUUAAAUUGUUAUUUUCCUUAUUAACUUGUCUAUUGUUCCGUGUUGAGGGCAAGAUUUCGACGCUAGAAGAAUGUCUUGUGAAAUUUGACAAAGUCGAAGAGAGGCUUCAAACGCUUGAAAGCGAAACUAAAGUAACAAAACGACUUUCAAUGCUCCCAGACGGCGAAGGUAGCAAAGUGGCAUUUUAUACACAGCUUUCCAAAGACGCCAACCGCGUUGGAGACCACCAAACAAUCGUAUUUGACACUGUUACGACCAAUGUUGGAAACGGGUACAAUCCAGUUGAUGGUAUAUUUACUGCACCAGUUGAUGGAAUAUACGUCUUUUUCUGGCUGAACACAAAUAGAGACCGCUCUUACAUGAAUACAGAACUGGUCAGAGAUGCUGUUGUCGUCGGGAAGUCCAUGUCUGAUGCAAUGGACCACGAUGAUUAUGCAGCAGCAUCCAAUUCAGCUGUUCUGCAGCUCAAAACAGGUAUCCAAUAG